CAUAGAUCGCAGUUGCACAUGCACAUGUAUAUGUACACACAUAUGCAUUUAUAAGUUAAAAAUUAUUGAAAUGGUAAACGAAUACCAAUUAAAUAUCGAUAGAAUAUAGUCAAUAUAAACAAAUAAAAUAGUAAAGUUUGUUAAAAAUGUUUUCCGAUUACAAAUUCAAAGUAUGUCAAAAUUGAGGGUGAAUAGAGUUAAACAUGAACUUUUCUUUCGCGGUCAAACAAGAGCAAGUUAUUAAUGCAAAUACACAAAGAACACGUGUUUACAUGUCUACGAAAGUAUCAAUUUACAUUUGUCUUAUUUCUUAGUUGAUCCUUACGCAAACAAUUUUUGAAUUAAUACACUUCACUCUUGAUGAAUAUGUCAAUUUUGAGAUGUGUUCAUAAUUGUGUGAAAAAGUUUACUCAACCAGCUGUUUCUUAUUACUUCUGCACAAAGGUAAUUACCCAACCCAUUGAAAUAUCAGAUACUGUAAUAUCAUCAGAAUCUGAAGACAUGUCUAACAAUCAAAAUAAAAAUCGAAUUGUUUGGAUUGAUUUGGAGAUGACAGGACUUGAUGUUGAAAAGGAUAGGAUAAUGGAAGUAGCCUGUUUAGUAACUGAUGAAAAUUUACAUAUUGUUAGUGAAGAGUUUUCCACUAUUUUAUAUCAACCAGACAGCAAAUUGAAUGCAAUGAAUGAAUGGUGUACAAACAUGCAUAGCAGUACUGGACUUACUGAAGCUUGUAGAAGAAGUACGGAAGAUGAAAAGUCGGUGGAUAGAAAUUUAUUGAAUUUUAUGAUGAAAUACUUACCAAAAGGAAAGUGUCCAAUGGCUGGUAACUCUGUAUAUAUAGAUCGUUUAUUUCUUCGAAAAUACUUGCCUCUCUCAAAUGAAUACAUGCACUAUAGAAUUAUUGACGUUUCAUCCAUCAAAGAAGUCGUCAAACGCUGGCAGCCUGAAAUUCAUAAAGCAGCUCCGAAAAAAAAGUUAAAUCACAGGGCUUUAGAUGAUAUCAAAGAAAGCAUACAAGAAUUAGAUUACUACAGGAAUCAUGUUUUUAAUGCUAAUCCCCUAUAAUGCUACU